CAUGCAUAGUAUUGACAAAAAUGGUUCAAUAUUGACAUCCUUGCUCAUGUACAGUCACAGAAAUUGCGAUGAGCAUCGUGCUACUUCCUUACAGUAAGCAAAAAGCUAACAUUCUGACAUCAAGGCACUGCAGUACAUGCAGUGUCAUUGCAAUUGUAUAAUGCUUUAUUAAACCAUAUACGUGCCGAUUUGGUUUUCGUAAUAUGAAAGCUUCGCCAAUGCAUUCUGCUGGAUAUGUUGCAGUAAAGUACUCAGUUAUAUGUGUUCAUCUCUUUCUGCAAAUGCUUGUGGGCGCAGACAUUAUCAAACAGAAACGACUGCAUAUUGUUACCAUUUUGAAUGGAGACAAUCCUCUUUUUGGAUAUUAUGCCAUUAAUCCCGUGUAUGAUACAGCGCUGGUCAAGCUGGCACAGAACUAUCCACUGAUCUUGACCAACGUGACCAGAAGCGUUAUUCAUCAGGCUGGACUAUUUAGUUGCCCGGACGGUGCCGCCAUGAUACCCCUCGUGUCGGAAAAGGUCAGCGAAGCCAUUCAGCGGUAUCCCGAUCAUUUUACAGUCAUGUUUUUUCCAGGUUGCAGUAUGGAAGUUUUGGCUCUCGGAGAUUUUGCUCGAGAAUGGAACGUUCCCCUACUGGCAGCUAUAUCGGGAGACAUGACACUGGGCGAUAAACAGCGAUAUCCAACUGUUGUGACCUUUCCUGCUCCGGAUCAUGUGACAAUGCCGGCUAGUUUUCAACUGUUUUUGGAGAAGAACCGAUGGCGUACCGUUACCUUCUUGUGUGAUGCUUUGUCGCAGUUUCAAGCGGUGGCCACGUUUUACCUUAUUUCGUGCAUCAACAUCAAGCGAAAGCUGGACACAUCCACAAAAACCAAGUACCAAACAUAUAAACUGGAUUUUGACUCAAAAAUCAACCAAGACUACGAAACGCUAUUGCGGCGCACUCAAGCGCAAAGUAGAGUGGUCAUUAUAUUCAGUCACCCACGGAUCAUUCGCGAUAUAAUGGUUACCGCAUAUCGCCUCAACAUGACCGGUGGUGACUACAUUUUCUUUUCAUCCCAAACCACACGCGUUCCCCAAACAACCGAUAUGUUGUGGGAAUUUCACGACGGCAAUGACGAGGCUGCCUAUGACGGAUUUCGAUCGUUAAUUUCCUUCGUUAAUCCCAACCCAAACUGGGAUCGGAUAGAAGAUGUCCUGACGGAGGUCAAAGACAUCACGUUUAAACAGUACAAUAAAUCGAUUACCCGGAUUGACCAGCUGAAUGAUUUGGCAAUUUCGGCAUACGAAUCGAUGAUGGCACUGGGACAAAUUCUGAAUGAAUCUAUUGCGGAAAUCGGGAAUUUAACGGGAAAACAGUUUGCUAAGAAGUUUUGGAAUCGUUCUUUCGAUUUUCCUUCUCGUAGCUUUUCCAUUGGAUCGAAUGGAAUGCGCAUAAACGAUGUAAUCUACUCCCGACUGAAUAUCACUUCCGGAAUAGUGCAGGAUACCUGGCGCUACUAUGCCUCCUCCAGAGCUCUGGUCGAACUGGAACCAGAUUUAGCGCGCACUUGGAAAGAUGUGAACGGCCCACCGCCUGAUAUCCCCAUAUGCGGUUUUCACAAUGACCUUUGCGGCACUAGCAAUAUGCAGAGCGCAAUAAUUAUUGGAGUGAGCGUUGCCGUUGCCGUGUUGGUUGUGAUUGGAUUAGGCGGCAUUAUUUACUGGAAAAUAGUAGAUUUAGCGGAGAAAAGGAACCUAUGGUGGCACAUCCGCCAGAGUGACCUAACGGUUUUGGAUAAACCUACACCGGCUGCUCAAGAAAUGCCUCUAAAUGCAUCCAAAGUUGCUUCGCAGAAAAAGAACGCCAUCAGUAGCAGCCGAGGCCUGUAUCAGAAGCAGCCAGUAAUAUUCGAACAGUUUUACGAUAAAGUUCUGCCACCCGAAAAGAUCAUUGAACGAAAAGUUGUCCGCCAGUGCCUCCAUUGGCUGAAACACUUCCAUCAAGAGAAUCUGACAAGAUUUCUCGGAUCUACGGCCGGCACAUCCCCAGCCGGCUCGUGUUUGAUCUUUGAAUAUGGAGCACGUGGAACACUCCGGAUGUUGCUACAAAACGACCGCGUCCCUAUUGAUUACUCCAUGCAAAGCUCCCUGGUUUGGGAAAUUAUAAAUGGACUGAAAUUUAUUCAUAACUCGCCACUGCAUCAUCAUGGAAUGCUAUCCAGCAUCGGCAUCAUGAUAGACAAGCGAUUCUGUAUAAAAAUCUCAUCGUAUGCGUUGAGCAAAUUCCGCAUGCAGUUCUGUGGACACAUUUUUCCCGUAAUGCUGCCGUUGGACGCAGCUAUAUUGUGGGCGGCACCGGAAAUUAUUGCGGCUACUAAAACUAGCGGAAGUCGCGAAGGGGAUAUUUACAGUCUGGGUGUCAUUGUCAGCGAAAUAUUCACCGGUUACGCUCCAUUGUCCAUAAACCUCGAUAACGACACAAGUAUAUCGGAAAAUAUAACUGCCUUACGAGAAAAACCCGAAAAGACCCGUAUUACGGACGUUUCCAAAAUGCCGGCAAAGCUGCUGGAAGUGAUAUUGCCUUGCACUGCAAAUGUGCCGGCGGAUCGUCCUAACCUGACCAAAUUAACUGGAAAAUUAACGCAUGUCCUUUCACGACAAAAACUGGUUGAUAUGAUUAUGCGGCGACUGGAACACUACGCUAAUGACUUGGAAAAUAUGGUGGAAGCUCGCUCGCGUGACCUUUUAGAAGAACAAGUCAAAGUGGAUUCCUUGCUGAAAGAAAUGUUGCCGCCAUCCCUUAUUAAUAAAUUGCGUAACAAGGAAACCGUCAACGCAGAGAAUUUCGACUGCGUGACGAUCCUGUUCAGUGACAUCCCGCAGUUCGGACCAAUAUGUGCGCAGUGCGCCCCUCUUCAGACCAUUGUACUGCUGAAUACGCUGUAUAGUCUCUUCGAUUCCGUCCUCCAUAAAUUCGAUGUCUAUAAAGUGGAAACCAUCAACGACUCGUACCUGCUGGCCAGCGGUCUGCCCAUAAGAAACGGUAACCGCCAUGCCGGUGAGAUCGCUCGUAUGGGAUUGUCGAUGCGAGACGCGACGGAAUCCAUCUGUUCACCCUUGGAAACAGCAGAAAAAUUACAACUGCGUGUUGGCAUCAACUCAGGUCACUGUGCUGCUGGUGUUGUGGGUUUACGGAUGCCGCGAUACUGUUUGUUCGGGGAUACCAUCAAUACAGCUAGCCGUAUGGAAAGCCACGGCGCUGUAUCAAAGAUCCAUCUUAGCGGAACGACCAAGGCGCUACUGGAUGAACUUGGUGGAUUUCAAAUGGAAUCGCGCGGGAGCAUUGUGAUAAAGGUAGGCAGCAGAAAGUAACAUCCACACCUGCAAUAUUAUCGAUAUUUCUUUUCCGUUCCAGGGGAAAGGUGAAAUGACGACAUAUUGGCUGUUAGACUUCUCCGCUCCGCCGUAAGCUCCAAAUCGAAGGCCGCAAACAGCGCUUUUAUGUACAUAUAUCACCAGAGUUCAAGAGGCAAUCUGACGAAAAUCAGCCUCGGGACUAUCCAGAUUGACUUCCUUCCAGUCGGGAAAGCGCAUGGGACAGGACUGUAAGAUCGUGUCAAGAAGCGGUUCCAACAGGCCGAACAUUUCCCGGGCGCCGUUCGCGUUGAGAUGCAGUCCGUCCGACAAGAAGGACUUCCAGUUCGGACUGGCGAGCAUCGUGGCGAAGAGAUCCGCAAAGUGUGCUCCUUCACCGGAAGCCACGAUGCCCGUCGACAUGGAAUACUUUUCAAUGAUACCGUUGUCCCGGGUGGAGA